AUCAAUGAAAUUAACCUUUCUACAUGGUAUCGGAGCCUAAAAAUCAAAAACCCUAAACCCCCCCUCUCUCUCUCUCGUUCGGCCUUCUCUCUCUCGCCGUCAGCGCUGACUCCCCACGGCAGCUCUCCUCACCGGCGACACCCUCUCCUCCUCGACGGUUCUCUUCUUCCCCUCACCAUGGCCGAAAACAGCGAGAUCACUUCCCAAAAUACCUCCUCCAAACCUCCUCACCUUGCUUUCACAACAAUCUCAAAUGUGAAACUUCACGUCCCCGUUCAACUCAGUCUCUCCCAACCUAAUUACAAAAAGUGGAGCCGACUCUUCCUCCUUCUGGUUCGGCGAUUCAACCUCAAGGGCUACAUCAAUGGCUCCGUCGUCCCCCUCUCCGAUGACGAUGACGAAUGGUUCCAACUUGACGCUCUCCUCCAGGGUUGGAUCCUCUCCACCAUCACCGAUGAGGUCUCAGAUCUGGUCAUCUCCUCUGUCUCCACUGCCUCUGCUCUCUGGAAAGUCAUCCACGACUUGUUCCACGACAACAAACAUGCUCGAGCUAUGCAAUUGGAACAUGAAUUUCGCACAACAGUCAAGGGCAACUCAACUAUGGCAGCCUAUUGCCAACAACUGCAGAAUCUUGCUGACUGGCUGGAUGAUGUUGAUGCACCAGUCUCCCAACACCAACUCGUCCUUCAAAUGCUUCGUGGUCUCCCUGCCGAUCUCCAGGGACAAACAUCAUUCCUGCAAUUUCAGGAUCCCAUGCCCACAUUUCUGCAGGUUCGAUCCGCCCUCAUGCUGCUGGAUCGACAACGGACGGGUCCCUCCGACUCGGGCUCCACGGCUUUCCUCACAACCCGAGCCGGCGGCAACACCCAUGGCGGCACUCACGGCGGUACUCCCAGCGGCUAUGGCGGACAGCAUGGCGGCACAGGCUAUGGGGAAGGCAACUCCGGGCAACGUGGAGGUUAGGGACGAGGACAAGUCCGUGGCGGUGGAAAUCGGGGCAGAGGUCGCGGAUGUCAAAACGGAUCACGACCACAGCAAUCCUACGACGGCAACAAUACCUGGAACUCACCGUACCCUAACCCCAACCCGGGUC